CUUUACGUCAGUUCGACAAGAAUGAGAUUUUUCAACCUUACCUUGUUACUUACCAUCUUAGUGAUUCUCUCUGCUGUGGACGCUUCUUGGUUUCUUUCAAGAUUCAAGAAAUUUAAUCGCCGGGGCAGGAAUAGAAAACUUGGCGAACCUGCUCCGAUCGGAGUGGAGGAAAUUCAAGAUGGAAAUUAAAGCACCCAAAAGAAUUUGAUAUUUCGUAUUCGAUUGUCGAUAAACCUUGGC